AACGAGAGCCCAAUGAUGAAAUCAGAAAACAAAUGGAUAUUUAACCAAGAACCGGAGGACUUCGGUUAUUGGCUAAGAACCACCACUGUGGUUACAGUCAACUGUAUGUUAGAAGAAGUCGUCCUUUCCCGAAUUGACGAAGGAGACAUGAUAAACACGCCACUAGGAAAAACCAACGUAUCUCAUGGAUCUCUAUCCCAUAACCAUCUAACAUUAUUUUGGAUCGACACCUACGGAAAACCAACUGAUAUCGUAAUCCGACAAUUAGAGAAAGGCGUGGGAUUCUGGUACGAAUCUUCAACGAACGGGACUUGGAUCCUCCAAGACGACUCCAAACAGUUGGACUUUCACGUACGGUUGACGUCACGCUGCCAAACCGUGAAAUGCGACAAAAAAAUAGACAGUUGGACCGUGAUCGGAGACAACCAUUUGUUCAUCAUUAAAUACCCAUUGGGACCUUCCGCAGUUACCGUACCAUCCAUCAUCAAGGAUAUUGUGACAAAAAGAAAUGACCCUUUAGAUAUCAACAUCCGACAAAACGCAAGAAUCCAGUAUUUGGAGGACGCCGCCAUCCGUCACGAAAAUGAACUUAUCCGCGUCAUCCAGAGCAUGCAGUGUGACCAACGACGUGCUAAGCACGCACAAGCCGUGUCAACUGCCCAAUACAAUGGAUGGCUGGCAGCCGCACAGCUGGGUCUUCGGCAAUGCAUCAAACUGAUCGCCACCGGAAACAUCGUCUCAGCCCUACAAUGCACCCCUACAACAGUAAAUUUCACGACGGAUACAACCACUUGUGGACCUCAACCGCGGUUCAACAAUUUCACCAUUGGCCGGUCCGGUUGGGAACUCACUGCUUUUACGCCAUGCUACUGGGCUGGAGGUAUCGUGAAUUUUAACGACAAACCUCACGCCUAUCGCAAUAACACGUGGCAACCGGUCGAAGCAUCCGUCGUCAUCCCACAGCGUGAUUUGGCUGACGCUUUCCGAUAUCAAGACGUCAACUUCUUCGAAUAUCAACAUCAAACCAACCCCGCUUAUACAGAAGCCCUCAUUAGCCCAAUGGAUAUAAUGGCCGAUAUCACAGCCUCCAUGAACGAACAUUCCCUGACUGUCCCCAAUCAAAUUACAGGGACAUCGGCUAUCCUCGUAUCCGCAGCCGAGAAAGCAGGUCUCGGAACCUUUACCAAUUGGUUCGAGAAUUUUAAAGUCUACUCAUUCAUCAUCCUGCUCAUCGCUAUUUUCCUACUGAUCGCUCGUGUUUGUUACGCCCUCGGAUUUUGUGGUUUGAUAUGGAAAUGUUGCUGUAAGCCCCCACGUCCUCCCCCUACGGCGGUUUACCAGCCGAGAAGCAGCCGACCCACAGGUCCCUGAAUUUUCUUUUGGAUUGCGGGACGCAAUCUAGUAUGACGGGGAGCGAUGUAACG